AUGUGUGUUGCCUUUGUCAGUCACGUGCGGCUGCCAAAUGUCAAGGUGUGCGCCCUCCUCCUCGCCUGUCUAUUCGUGUACGACAUCUUCUGGGUGUUCUUCUCACACCCACACACACACUGUGCACUCCUCAACCCCCUCUCACACUCAUCCCAUCUCAGGUGUGUGCGCUCCUCCUGGCGUGUCUGCGCCCUCCUCCUGGCGUGUCUAUUCUUGUACGACAUCUUCUGGGUGUUCUUCUCACACCGCUUCUUUGGAGCCAACGUGAUGCUCUCAGUCGCCACGCAGCACGCCCACAACCCCGCCCACUCCGUCUCCCAACCAGUUGCCCACUCAGUUGCCCACUUGCUCCCAUCUUCCCCCCUCGUUCUCCUACCUCUCCCCUCCAUAGUUCCCCCUUCCGCCCCACCACCUGCCUUCUUUUUCCCCCUCUUUCUUCAGGUCUGCGCCCUGCUCCUGGCGUGUCUAUUCUUGUACGACAUCUUCUGGGUGUUCUUCUCACACCGCUUCUUCGGAGCCAACGUGAUGCUCUCAGUCGCCACGCAGCACGCCCACAACCCCGCCCACUCUGUCGCUCACUCUCUCCACCUGCCCUCUGCUGUAGCAAAAUCGAUCGUGAGGGAGAUUGAACUUCCCGUGAAGCUGCUGUUCCCGAGGGACCUGUUUGGAGAGCUGAACAUCUUCGGGAGGCAAGAACGAGGGAGGGCACGCGAUUUCAUGGUGCUGGGCCUCGGAGAUAUGGCUAUACCAGGCAUGCUGCUGGCCCUUGUUCUGUGUGUAGACCAGCACAAGAGGCGGCAGCAGCAGGAGGAGCAGCAGGAGCGGGAACUGGAGGUACUAGAGGCAGGGAAGGGAGGGCAAGAGCAGCACCAAGAGCCGCCUGGGCCUUCCCAUUCACAAAAUUCUCAGGAACAUUCCGAGCAGCACUCUCAGCAGCAGCAGCACUCUCAGGGCAGCUUGAGUCGACCACUACUGGACUCUUCGCCUUCAGCGAGGGAGCGGGGGAGUGGGCAGCUGGGCUAUGUGUGGGUGGCAGCAUUGGGGUAUGCGGUGGGGCUUGUGGCUGCUCUAGCUGCUGGCGUGCUGACUAGAUCGCCUCAACCUGCCCUGCUAUACCUGGUGCCCUCCACGCUCGGCCCCGUGUCGCUGGUGGCGUGGAGCAGAGGCGAGCUGGCAGAUCUGUGGGAUGGCUCGCCUGGCCUCAUGCCGUUCGACCGGGACAAGCUGGAAACUCUGGAUGUCUGA